UCAGGAAUAAUGAAAAAAAAUCCAGUGUGGGCUUGCAGUUGUCAAUGAUUCAUUUAUGAGGAAAUCUUUCAAUUUGGUUUUGGUUUAGUGAUACGAGUGUAAUUUAAUUGAUAAAUUGACCUUUGAUGUAAAAUUUGUAUCGCAUUGGAUUCCGAUUUGAGGAACUUCACGGUAUCUGAUUACAUCGGUAUAUUGAAGAAAGCAAAAAAUGACAAUUUUCAACUUGCAUAUUCUCAAAUGGAACAUCGACCCUUUAUUUUGGAGAAAAGCUGUUCCUUUAUACUUGUUCGUCUAACUCUAUUUGUUUUCUCCUAAACCAAUUUAUCUCAAAAUGUCUAAGCCACAUUUGUCGGAAAGCAAAUAUUCCAGUCGGGAUACGUCUCCUAAUCGGUCAAUUCCGGUCUCUGGAAGGUUGGACACACUUUCUCUAUCAUCUAAUCUGCGAAACGAAAGUACUUCACAACCGAUUACUUCCGAGUCUAAAGAUCGCGAUAAGGAUGAUUUUAUUCAAAGUUCCGAAUCUAUGCUGGAUGAUGGCAAAGUUCUUGUUCUAGAUGAUGACCCUAUUAACCAAUCUGGAACACUUGAUGAUGGAAAUCUUACAACAAUUUCACAAAUUAGCAAUGAUUCAAACGACAUUAAACUAUUCUACAAAGGCCAUCAUCGAACCAGCAGUUCACUUGCAUAUAAUCGGAUAACGACUAAAAUUGCAUGCACAAAAGAAUCUAUUAAAAAAGAACAAACUGCCCGAGAUGCCAACGUUAAUGAGUACUUAAAAUUGGCAGCCAAUGCAGACAAACAGCAACUGCAAAGGAUUAAAGCAGUUUUUGAAAAAAAGAACCAAAAAAGUGCUCAUAAUAUUUCUCAACUGCAGAAAAAACUAGAGUCCUAUAGUAAAAGAUACAAAGAAUUGCAAUAUCAAUACAGUCAAAAACAACAACAAAGUUCACGUCAACCUAGAGAAAUGCUCAGAGAUGUGGGACAAGGAUUACGCAAUGUUGGCGGAAACAUUCGGGAUGGCGUUAGUGGCCUUUCAGCGACUGUUAUGUCAAAGCCGAGGGAAUUUGCUCAUCUUAUAAAAAAUAAAUUCGGCAGUGCUGACAAUAUCAAUCAGCUAUCUUCAACAUGGUAUACAGAUCACAACAUUAUGGAUAUUAAUCGCGACCUUAAUCCAGGACACAUAGAAGACAAUGUAUCUUACAAUUAUGACAAUGCCAUGAAUGCGAAUGUAGGCAACGAACCAACCGAUGCGCUCGCCGCCUCCAGCCCGGGCCUCAUCGGAGAUAUUGGCGGAAAGUAUAGCGAGCAUGAAAGUGAAUGCAGCAGCGUGACAAGUGAUAGUAUUCCGUUAAGCUCUGGCAAACAUCGAAUGAUGCGAAGUAGACACUGCACAAAUUAUAAAGUUAUUCAUGAUAUUCGAGAUGACUAUGAUCGAAUGAACGGCAAGCUGGAACGAUUAGAGACGUUGAACAAAGAUGUUUCUGAGCUGGGUAUGGCUUUGGAAACGGAACGUUAUAGAGCAGAACGGUUGGAGGAACAAUUGAAUGAUUUAACCGAACUGCACCAGAAUGAAAUUGAAAAUUUAAAGCAAGCCAUCGCAGAUUUGGAAGAGAAAGUACAGUACCAAAGUGACGAACGGUUAAGAGAUGUGUAUGAAAUAAUGGAAAAUUGUCAGACAAGAAUAUCAAAAAUGGAACAUAUGUCCCAGCAACAGUACGUGACGGUCGAGGGCAUCGAUAAUUCCAACGCACGAGCUGUGGUAGUCAAAUUAAUAAAUGUUGUUUUGACGGUUCUCCAAGUGAUUCUUCUACUAGUCGCAACGGCUGCUGGUAUAACAAUGCCUUUCCUGAAAACAAGGGUGCGUGUGCUAUCGACGAUAAUAUGUGUUAUGUCAAUCGCGUUUGUUUUCAGACAAUGGUCCGAGUUAAGAAAUUUUUGGUUUUAUUCGGCAGGAUUGUUGAAGAAUUCUCUCCAAAUAAAAUAAACCUUUCUCGAAA